AUGGACCGUCGUUUUCAUGCUGUCCAAGAUCGUCUAGCUGAACAUUAUGCUCAAACAUUAAAAACUGUUCAAGGUUCUGUAUCUGCGGUUACAUCUAAUCAAGAAUUAAUAACUCGUAGUGAAAUUAUGGAUGAUAGAGAUUUACAAGACAAACUUCUUGAACUUCAAGAUGAGGUCAUGCGUUUGCGCUUAAUACAUACAUUAAAUCGUAACCAAUCGAUAUCAACAGAUAAUACUCGACUAGAUUAUGAAGAUAGUGAAGAUGAAAGUAUACUAUCAUCAUCAUCGAAUAAUGAAAAUCAUCGUUUAAGUUCUUCUGUUGGUAUUUAUUCAAGUUCAACUAAGGAAUCUAAUCAUUGUCUUCGUCAAUCAACACCUUGUUUAUUUCAAUCAACAAAUAAUAAUAAUAAUAAUAAUGCUAUAACACAAUGUAUGAAUUCAUCGACUUUACUUUUAUCUUCUAAAUUAUCAUCAUCUACCAAUAAAAUAAAUGUCGAAUGA